AUGGCGAAAUCCUCAGCGAUCAAAGAUGCUGAAGCACUUCUCCGUUCUCUUCGCUCAGCUUACACUGCAACUCCCACUAACCUCAAGGUGGUUUACAUGGCUAUUGUUGGGUCCUUCCCAUUCAACUCUUUUCUCUCUGGGGUACUCUCUUGUAUAGGCACUGCAGUCCUUGCUGUUUGUCUCCGAAUUCAAGUAAACAAAGAAAACAAGGAAUUUAAGGAUUUACCACCAGAGCGUGCUUAUGCAGACUUUAUUCUCAGCAAUUUAGUGCUCCAUUUGGUGAUCAUGAAUUUCCUUGGAUAGAUUGACGUUCCUAAUCUCAAGA